AUGACUCUGACUCCGUUCCAGCAGUCUGUCUUUGCCUUGGUCCGCAGCGUCCCUACCAGCCGCGUCACCACGUACGGCGAGCUUGCGCGAGUGACAGGCGGCAGUGCGCGAGCGGUGGGCCAGUGCAUGCGGAGGAACCCACUCGCACCGGAUUCGGGGUGCUCGCCCGCUGAUGAGCGGGCGCUGUUGGAGGAGGAGGGCGUUCACUUUGAGCCAGACGGGGAGCGAGUCUCGGAGGCGUCGCUGCAUCGCUUUGAAAGCAAUCCUGAGCGAAAGCGAAAGAGGGCAGAGUCGGCCGGCACGCGGGUCGAGCCGCUCGACGCUCAAAUCGAGGCGACUAUCCUGGCCCUCCUUCGCGAGCGAGGCGCCGACAAGACCUGCUGA